UUACCUCCUGUGAUUUUGAAUCCCUGUGCCUCUGGACUUUGUCCCACAACCUCACUCACAUCGACUGGUCCGUGGUGUCACCACAGCUGCUACAGGGAGCAAAAAUGGAGAAGAUUCCUCCAACCGACCACUCUGUGGGGACCUCUGAUGGGCACUUUCUUCUUCUAAGCACCACGUCAGCAGCCGGUCCCACUGGUAGAUGUGAAUACCACCUAACCAGUCCCGUCUUACCUGGAAGCAACAGACAGUGCAUCUUGCAGGUGGCUCUGUAUGACACCCGACCAACUCAAGGAAACCUGACAAUCCUGAUCAAACCAAUUAUGUCGGAUUUACCAAAUCGCUCUGAGACAUUCAGCCACAGGAGACGGGAUGACCGCAG